CUAAAGAGAACUAGUGUACACUUGUAAUGGCCCUUACAAUUCAUGCUCUCUUCCUUAGAACAUGCCUUGUUUUCUCAAUCCUUCGUCUCUCGGCGGCGGCGGCGGUGUCCGCGGUCGGUAGAUCCACGUACAUUGUCCACAUGGAUAAGUCCGCCAUGCCCGCCACAUUCUCCGACCACCGCGAGUGGUAUUCUGCAGCCCUCGCAUCCGUAAAGGCGUCUGCUGACGCUCCUAGUCUCGUUUAUGCGUACGACGAUGCUUUUCACGGGUUCAGCGCUCUUCUGUCGGAGGAUGAGCUGCGAAGCCUUCGCCGCUCUCCGGGCUUCGUGUCGGCGUACGCUGAUCGCCAGGCGACCCUCGACACGACGUACACGUACCGGUUCCUCUCGCUCGACCCGUCGAGCGGUCUUUGGUCGGCUUCCAAGUUAGGCGAGGAUGUCAUCGUCGGAAUGAUUGAUACCGGGAUCUGGCCCGAGAGCCGGAGCUUCAACGACGCUGGCUACUCUGAGGUGCCCCAAAGGUUAUGCGAAAUAACCGUUACUCCCCGCGAGUGGAAGGGCAAGUGUGAGCCGGGCCAGGCGUUCAACUCGUCGUUGUGCAACCGGAAGCUCAUCGGAGCUCAAUUCUUCAACAAGGGCCUCAUCGCCGCGAAACCAGGCAAAGUCCUCUCCAUGAACUCGACUCGUGACACGGAGGGCCACGGCACCCACACCUCCUCCACCGCCGCCGGAAACUUCGUCCUUGACGCCUCCUUCUAUGGGUACGCUCCGGGUAUUGCACGAGGGAUUGCACCGCGGGCAAGGGUAGCCAUGUACAAGACGAUCUGGGACGAGGGGCGGUACGCAUCGGAUGUGCUGGCCGGGAUGGACCGGGCGAUCACAGACGGCGUCGACGUCAUCUCGAUAUCAAUGGGGUUCGACGGCGUCCCGCUGUACGAGGACCCAGUCGCGAUCGCCUCGUUUGCCGCGAUGGAGCGGGGCGUCUUCGUCUCAUCGUCGGCUGGGAACGACGGCCCGCAGCUCGCCUCGCUGCACAACGGCAUCCCUUGGCAGCUGACGGUGGCCGCCGGCAUGGUCGACCGCCAGUUCUCCGCGGUGGUGACGCUCGGCAACGGGCGAACCCUGACCGGCCUUUCGCUCUACCCUGAGAAUGCGUGGAUCCAAAAUAGGUCCUUGGUCUACAACAGGACCAUCUCCGCUUGCAAUUCCACGGCUGACUUAUCUGCAUUGGACGGUGCGGUUGUCGUGUGCCACGACACUGGGUCGCUAUUCGACCAGGUGGAGGUGGUGGGCCAAUCCACUGUCGGCGGCGCGAUUUUUCUUUCGAACGAAUCCUACUCCGGAUUCUCUUUUCCGGGGGUCGUCAUUGGCCUGAAGGCCGCGGUAGAGCUCCUGAAGUACGUCCGCACAGUUUCGCAUCCCACCGCAAGCGUGCAGUUCCAGCAGACGGUUCUGGGCACAAAGCCGGCCCCGGUCGUGACUGACUACUCGUCGCGGGGGCCGUCGGCGAGCUACCCGGGCGUGCUGAAGCCCGACAUCCUGGCUCCUGGGGACAGCAUCCUCGCGUCGUGGAUACCGACGCUGCCGACGUCGGUGAUCGGCAACACGCCGCUCGCCAGCGAGUUCAACGUGAUCUCGGGGACGUCGAUGGCGUGCCCGCACGCGAGCGGCGUGGCGGCGCUGCUGAAGGCAGCGCACCCGGAGUGGAGUGUCGCGGCGGUCCGGUCGGCGAUGAUGACCACCGCAGCGUUCACUGAUAACACGGGACGGCCGAUCAGGGACGCCGGCAACGGCUAUGCCUUCGCCAGCCCCCUAGCGAUCGGCGCCGGGCACGUCAACCCCAACGGGGCGCUCGACCCGGGGCUCAUCUACGACGUCGCGCCGCGGGACUACGUGAACAUGCUGUGCGGCGCCAACUACACGCGCGCGCAGAUCGCCGCGAUCACGCGGGUGCCGCCGUCGGCCAUCGACUGCUCGAAGCCGUCGGCCGACCUCAACUACCCGUCGUUCAUCGCGAUUUUCGGGCCGAACGCAACGCACGGCGCCGCGCAGCGGUUCUCGCGGACCCUGACGAACGUCGGGGCCCCUGGGAACUACAGCGUCACGGUGGCGCCGGUGAGGGGAGUCGACAUCGCGGUGUGGCCGCAGAAACUGGAGUUCCGGGAGACUCUUCAGCAGCUGAGCUACAAAGUGACCGUUACGGUUAAGUCACCAAUUUCCGGUACGGGUGAGAACUACGGUGACAUAAUUUGGUUUGAUACCAGCGGGAAAUACACGGUGAGGAGCCCCAUAGUGUGUACACUUGCAAUGGCCCUUACUAUUCAUGCUCUCCUCCUGGGAACAUGCCUUGUUUUCUCAAUCCUUCGUCUCUCGGCGGCCGCAGCGGCAGCGGUGUCUGCGGUCGGUAGAUCCACGUACAUUGUCCACAUGGAUAAGUCGGCCAUGCCCGCGACAUUCUCCAACCACCGCGAGUGGUAUUCCGUCACCCUCGCGUCCGUAAAGGCGUCUGCCGACGCUCCUAGUCUCGUUUACGCGUACGACGAUGCUUUUCACGGGUUCAGCGCUCUUCUGUCGGAGGAUGAGCUGCGCAGCCUUCGCCGCUCUCCGGGCUUCGUGUCGGCGUACGCCGAUCGCCAGGCGACCCUCGACACGACGUACACGUACCAGUUCCUCUCGCUCGACCCGUCGAGCGGUCUUUGGUCGGCUUCCAAGUUAGGCGAGGAUGUCAUCGUCGGAAUGAUCGACACCGGGAUUUGGCCCGAGAGCCGGAGCUUCAUCGACGCCGGCUAUUCUGAGGUGCCCAAAAGGUGGAAGGGUAAGUGUGAGCCUGGCCAGGCGUUCAACUUGUCGUUGUGCAACCGGAAGCUCAUCGGAGCUCAAUUCUUCAACAAGGGCCUCGUCGCCGCGAACCCGGGCAUAGUCCUCUCCAUGAACUCGACUCGCGACACGGAGGGCCACGGCACCCACACCUCCUCCACCGCCGCCGGAAACUUCGUCCCCGACGCCUCCUUCUACGGGUACGCUCGGGGUAUUGCACGAGGGAUCGCGCCGCGGGCGAGGGUGGCCAUGUACAAGACGAACUGGGACGAGGGGCGGUACGCAUCGGACGUGCUGGCCGGGAUGGACCGGGCGAUCGCGGACGGCGUCGACGUCAUCUCGAUAUCGAUGGGGUUCGACGGCGUCCCGCUGUACGAGGACCCGGUCGCGAUCGCCUCGUUCGCCGCGAUGGAGCGGGGGGUCUUCGUCUCUUCGUCGGCCGGGAACUACGGCCCGGAGCUCACCUCGCUGCACAACGGCAUCCCCUGGCAGCUGACGGUGGCCGCCGGCACGGUCGACCGCCAGUUCUCCGCAGUGGUGACGCUCGGCAACGGGCAAACCCUAACCGGCCUUUCGCUCUACCCUGAGAACGCGUGGAUCCAAAACAGGUCCUUGGUCUACAACAGGACCAUCUCGGCUUGCAAUUCCGCGGCCGAUUUAUCGACAUUGGACGGUGCGGUCGUUGUGUGCCAAGACACUGGGUCGCUGUUCGACCAGGUGGAGGCGGUGGGCCAAUCCACCGUCGGUGGCGCAAUCUUUCUUUCGAACGAAUCCUACUCCGGAUUCUCGUUUCCGGGGGUCGUCAUCGGCCCGAAGGCCGCGGUAGAUCUCCUGAAGUACAUCCGCACAGUUUCGCAUCCCACCGCAAGCGUACAGUUCCAGCAGACGGUUCUGGGCACGAAGCCGGCCCCGGUCGUGACCGACUACUCGUCGCGGGGGCCGUCACUGAGCUACCCGGGCGUGCUGAAGCCCGACAUCCUGGCUCCCGGGGACAACAUCCUCGCGUCGUGGAUACCGACGCUGCCGACGUCGGUGAUCGGCAACACGCCGCUCGCCAGCGAGUUCAACGUGAUCUCGGGGACGUCAAUGGCGUGCCCGCAUGCGAGUGGCGUUGCGGCGCUGCUGAAGGCGGCGCACCCGGAGUGGAGCGUCGCGGCGGUCCGGUCGGCGAUGAUGACCACCGCGGCAUUCACUGACAACACGGGACGGCCGAUCAGGGAUGCUGGCAACGGCUACGCCUUCGCCAGCCCCCUAGCGAUCGGCGCUGGGCACGUCAACCCCAACGGGGCGCUCGACCCGGGGCUCGUCUACGAUGCUGCACCGCGGGACUACGUGAACAUGCUGUGCGGCUCCAACUACACGCGCGUGCAGAUCGCCGCGAUCGCGCGGAUGCCGCCGUCGGCUGUCGACUGCUCGAAGCCGUCGGCCGACCUCAACUACCCGUCGUUCAUCGCGAUUUUCGGGCCGAAUGCGACGCUUGGCGCCGCGCAGCAGUUCUCGCGGACCCUGACAAACGUCGGGGCCCCUGGGAACUACAGCGUCGCGGUGGCGCCCACGAGGGGAGUCGACAUCGCGGUGUGGCCGCAGAAACUGGAAUUCCGGGAGACUCUUCAGCAGCUGAGCUACAAACUGACCGUUACGGUUAAGUCGCCAAUUUCCGGUACGGGUGACAACUACGGUGCCAUAAUUUGGUGUGAUACCAGCGGGAAAUACACGGUGAGGAGCCCAAUAGUGGUGCUUUAAGAUUCGCGCGUGCAUGGAGAGGCAUAAUGAAGAGUGGGAAAUGAAAGUUGGAAUUGCAGGGAGAAGCAGCAGCAGAUGCUGUAGUUUUGAAUCUAUAUAUGAUUACGCAUUAUCGAUUGUCCUUUAAUAAAUUAAUGAAGAAAAAGAGAAAAUGCUUUAAUUGUUCUAUCAAUUUGGAGUGAGAUAAA